GUUUGCCAGCUGAGUGACUGGGUGUGUUCAGAUCAAUAAGAAUUGAAUGCACAUAUUGAUUUAUGCAGUUUUCCUACUUGUUGAAUUUAAAAGCAGGACAAAAUUGGGGAAGAACACCCAAAAUCCUCUAAACCUGUCUUUGCCAGCCAAUAGUUCAAAAAAUCUCCCAGUGUGGCAACACCGGUGAAGAGAACACCGAUAAGCAAGCUGUUAAUAUUCUGAAUGCUUUUUUUCCCUCAACAGGUACCUCAGACAUUAGUUUAAUAUCCUUUCCUAGUUCCUGUUUGUGAAAAACACCCAAAGGGACUUUUAAGAGCCACGUCUGUCUCGUUUCUCUGUCCUCACUGCUCUCACUUGUCAGUCCUUCUGUUGUCCCUGUCUCUGUUUCUUUGUCUCUCUUACUUGUGAAUGUUUUUGUGUAUUUGCUUUUUCUGUCGAUCACUAUGAGUGAUUUGAAAAUCCAAGAUCCUUUAAUGAUCCUGGAUAAUGAGACUGAUCAGCAUGAAAUAACUGAUGAGCUUCAACAUCUUGAUGACUUGCUUGAUGAACUGAAGCAAGAGGAAGCUCCAGUACCAGUGAAGACACCUGAACCAACAGUGAGGUGGAGAAAGCGAGACAAGGAUGGAAAUGAGCUGUAUUUGAGGCCAAGAUCAACCAGGCACCAGCCACAUAAGGCUGCCCACAGGCAGAAGGACAGUCCUACUGUUAAUAACACUCACUGUGAGGCGGCCUUUGCUCCAGAGACUGUUGUGUUUUCUACAAGAACAUCCAGAGCUCACUGAGUGAUGCUUCAAGUGAUCAGCAUGAAACACCUCCACCAAGAGCUCCUCUUCUGGCUUCCUUGAACUGGAGCACACGAAAAAGUCUCUUUUCAGAGAGUUGGAGGUCAGAAAGACCCCGGUCUGGUGAAUACCAUGGCGGCUCAAGAAAGCGUGUCAGCACACACAUGCCAGCACUGUGGGAGCAAUCCAGCUGUGCUUCGCUGUCGUGACUGUCUGCCACUCCCCUUCUUUUGUGCCACAUGUGAUGUCAUCAUGCACACCAGACAUGUCCUUAACAACAGAGAUGCUAUGACUGCUGGAUUCUUCCAGCUAUUGCCUCCAACGACUUACAUUGUAAAUAAGACUCUUUGCCAUGGUGCACGACUUGUACUUGUGGAGAGUCCAGCCAGUAUCUGUGGAUGUCCACCAGAGUCUUUGAGGAUCAAACCAGGAAAGGCUGUUGCUGUGAUCACAAUAAAUGGAUGUUACGAUCUCAGCAUGCCGGAACUGAGGUGUGAGGCACGCCAAACUUCUUGGACCUCUGGAGUAGACCAACUAAAUCGAAGUGAUUACUGGCCCGCUACCCUUCACUUUUCUACUGUUUAUGCCACAGAUGUCUUCUUUUCAUUUGAAGAAAUGAAGAUGGCAGCACCAGGACUCUCCUGCCAAGCAUUUUUAAAAAUGCUGGAUCAACGAACUGUCCGUUUUGGUCGUAUGGGGACGAUCUCAGCGGACAGCUUUCAGAAAAGCUUUUUUGAGUGGGAAGCUGUGAGAUAUGACUUAGAUAACAUUUUAAAGGAGGAUCCCUUCACAUGUCAUGCGUUCACCCCAGAUAUGCUUGCAGUUUCAGUGGAUGGAAAUCGCAAGCAUUACCGUUUCAACAAUGCAGCUAAGUAUGGGGGAAAAUAUGUAUAUUGUUACAGUGUUUGCAUCAUUAAAAAAAUGUGA